UCCGCGGCAGAGGGAGGCGCGGUGAGCUGCGCUGGGAGCGCCGCUGCCGGGACCUGUGAGGAGCCCGCGGCUGAGUCCGGAAGCCGCGCCAUGGAUUUGGUGAGCUUCGAGGAUGUGGCUGUGCACUUCAGCCUGGAGGAGUGGGCUUUGCUGGAUCCUUCCCAGAAGAGCCUGUACAGAGACGUGAUGCAGGAGACCUGCAGGAACCUCGCUGCAGUAGGAUAUAUAUGGGAAGAACAGAAUGUUGAAGAUGACUGCAAAACUUUUGGAAGAAAUCAAAGGCAUAUCAUUCCUCACUCUGAAUAUACACCGUUUGAGCAAGAGGAACGUAGGAACAAGCUGUACGAUUCCAGUUCUCUCGCAAGUAGUCAGGGACUCCUGGGUGCUCACACUGUGAAUGGACCUUGUGAAUGUGAGGUAUGUUUAAAAUCCUUUGGUCUUCCGAGUACCUUUGGAGCAUAUCACCAAACUCACAGUGGACAAAACUUCUAUGACUACAAGGACUGUGGAAAGGCUUCUGUUUAUUAUAGCUCACUUUACACACAUGGAGGAACUCACACUGUAAGAAAAUGUUAUGAGUGUAACCAGUGUGGUAAAGUUCUGAGUUCUUCCAGUUCCCUUCAAAGGCACGAGAGAAUUCACACAGGAGAAAGACCCUAUAAAUGUAACCAGUGUGGCAAAGCUUUGAGUUCUUCUACUUCACUUCAAAGACACGAGAGAAUUCACACAGGAGAAAGACCCUAUAAAUGUAACCAGUGCGGUAAGGCCUUUAGAUGCCACAGUGCCCUUCAGUUACAUGAAAGAAUUCACACUGGAGAAAAGCCCUAUGAGUGUCAGCAGUGUGGGAAGGCCUUCACAUGCCACAGUUACCUUCGGUUACAUGAGAGGACUCAUACUGGAGAGAAACCCUAUGAGUGUAAACAGUGCGGGAAAGCCUUCCGAUGUCAAACUUCCUAUCACAGGCAUAAAAUUAUUCACGGUGGAGAAACAUUCUAUGAAUGUAAACAAUGUAGUAGGCUCUUCAUUUACCCCUCUUUACUUCAGAUGCAUGAAAGAACUCACACGAGUGACAGACCAUACAAAUGUAAAGAGUGCGGUAAGUCAUUUCUCUAUCCCUCUUUACUCCAAAUGCACGAAAGAACUCACACUGGUGAAAAGCCUUAUGAGUGUAAACAGUGCGGUACAGCUUUUAGACAUCACUCUUCCCUUCGAUUGCAUGAAAGAACUCAUACAGGAGAGAAGCCUUAUGAAUGUCAACAGUGUGGGAAAGCCUUUACUCGUCACACUUCCCUUCGGUUACAUGAAAUUACUCACACUGGAGAGAAACCAUAUAAAUGUAAGGAAUGUGGUAAAGCCUUUAGACAUCACUCUUCCCUUCGAUUGCAUGGAAGAAUUCAUAGUGGAGAGAGACCCUAUGAAUGUAAACAGUGUGAUAAAGCCUUUAUACGUUACAGUUACCUUCGAUUACAUGAAAGAACACACACAGGAGAAAAACCUUAUGAAUGCAAACAAUGUGGGAAAGCCUUCAGCCGUCAUAGUUCCUUUCAGAGACAUAAAUCUAUUCAUGCUGUGGAAACCCCCUAUGAAUGUCAGCAGUAUCUAAUUCCUUUAUCUCUGUUUCCUCCAAAUACAUCAGACACCUCAUACUGGUGAAAAAUGAAUAUGAACACACCAUGAAUAUAAACAGUGUGUUUAAGUGUUUAUCCUUAUCCACUUAAAACACAUGUAAGAACCGAAGAUGUCAUGUGAUAAAGCCUUAUUCACAUAAAUGAUAUGAUUUAGACUUCAGAGGAAUGAAGGAAUUCAUGCUGGGCACAAUUUCUACAAUUAUGUGGUAAGUCCUGUACUGGCCACUCUUGCUUUCCCAGAAACAGAUUAACCAUGCUGGGGAAAUGCCUUAUGAAUGGAAACAGUAUGGUCAUUCUUUUAUUCAUAUUUGCUUCAAACACAUGAAAAACUUAAGAUACAAAAUGCUGUGAAUGUCAAUAGUGUGCUGAAGCCUUCAGGAGCUGCAAGGUCCUUUUGAUAACAUAAAAGACAUCUUACUGGAGGGAAAAAAUCCCCAUGAUGUUUAGAUGUCAUCGCUCCCACAGAGUCCAUGAAUGAACUCCUUUUGGAAACAAUGCCUGUGGGUGGAGACAAAGCUGACACCUUCACGCUCAUGGCUCCUUUCAGAGACGUACAACGAUUGAUGGUGAGACAGAGCCUUAUACAUAGAAAGAAUAUGGUGAGUUUCUGGAUGCCAGGAGAUGGACAGACAUUUUUGUCAGUAGUGUAGCUACUUGUAAGUUGGCUGUGUUCAAUUAGCUCAAUUAAAGUCAUUGGUUCCCCAGGCGGCACUUCGGUGGAAUCAUUUCUUUGCUUCUAGCCUUGGUGCCCUAUCUAGGGUGAAUAGACAUUUGUUCACAGAAAAUGUUCACACAGCACUUGACGUCUGAAUGUGCGGCACAAUGGAACCAAAGACGAGUUUGAGAGGAGCACUUGUCAUGCCUCUGCUGUGGGUGAUGAGACGCGCCACUGAAGGGAAGCUCUCUGUGGCUGAGUGUCUGCAGAGUUAGUUCUGAAACUGCUGUCCUCUCCAGUGUGCCAUGGGACGGUGCCUUCUUGUUGAGGUACCAGUCACUGUACUGUGCAACUCCUGUGGAGUAUGGAGUGGCUCAUUUCUGUGACAAAUGAAGUUUGCCACAUGAAUGUAUGGAUACAGCCUCAUACAGCUGUCGUGUUAAGAGUAUAUUGCAGUUCCUGUAAGUAGCACAGAUGGAAAGGAUUAAGUAGGCAUCAGCUGCAUCUGUGGCCAGUAAGGCUUACCUGUCUGCUAACAUGAACUUCCUUCUAAUGGAAGAAUUGAGGAAAAGAUGUGCAGACGCUGCCCAACGUAUUGACCUCUGAACUGGAUCCCUCUGGGAUUCUAAGACUUGAAGCCCAUGUAAAGUCGUGAACAGUGAGGAUGCUUUAUUGGGAGGGUGUGAAGUAGUGGUGAUACAACUUACCCCUUAGGCUGGCUUUUAAUACACAAGAGUAGGAAAUCAGUGGUACAGCAUGUAAAUGGAGGCCUGAAUAGUAACCCAGUAAAGGAAGUUGUUAUGAUCAGCAAAUACUCUGCCUCUGGAGGGCAGGAAAGCUUAAGGAAAACCUCAGUGAAGGAAGAUAUGAUAAAGCAGUGCAGCUGAAAAAGGCUGAGCUUUCCCAGAAUAAGUUGUAUACUCUCCUACAGGAAAGGAUGCUUGUGUGUAGAUUGCUUGUUCAGCCCAGGGACCUCUCAGCAGCCAGGGGCAUCCACUGAAGAGGCAGCAGUGUGCUACAGCUUGGGUCCAGAGACUGUCAGACCUCCAGAGUCCAUGGGGCUGUAGCAGGUGAGCAUGUCUAGCUUUCUCCUUGGCCCCCUGUGCCAAUUAGAGAACAAGAGUCAGUUCCUUCCUCACCAGGCCUGUCGGAGGUUAAGCUAUACAAUUAGACCCAUGGCUACACUCAGAAUGAGGGUGCAGGAUGGCUCAUGAAGAAUGACUAGAUGGUCCAGGGUGAUCUAAACCUCCCAUCUACACCACUGUAUCCAAUAUUGAUUUUAAUUUAUUCUUUGUUUUCUUAUGGCAAGUUUUUAUGUAGCCCUGUCUGGUCUUAAACUCACUCUGUAUAGCUGAGAAUGAGCUUGGAAGUGCUGAGCCUCCUGCCUCAUUUUCUCAAACACUGCGGUUGUAUGCAUGGGCCACCCCGUCUGCUCUCCUGUGCUUUGAAAUAAACCCAGGCUUCGGCAUCCCCUCUCAGCUGUGCUUGCUCUCAGGUCAACAUUGAGAAAACACUUGGUACGAGUAACAGUCUUCAAAUGCUGUUGGAUUUUGUUAAUAUUUUAUUUGCUGUCCCCUUAGCUCUCUGAUUCCCAAAUUCAGAUUGGCACUUGUUUGGGAUUGUGGGUUAUGGGUUUUCCGUGAUCCUGAGAUCCCUUUGUGCAAAGGUUUCUCCUCAUGCUGACAUAAUGCUAGCCUAUGAGUGUUCCACAGAUACAGAAAAGUAUCCAUGUGAGCCGAGUGGCUGACAACCAGAAAGGAGGUACACGUGUACAGGGCAGGCACAUGUGACAUUCUUGGGUAAUACAGAUGACACAAGGUGAAUGAGGGAAAUCCUUUACAGCCUAUGGCUAGCAUUAAACAUCAAAAAAUGAGCUGAAGAGCUUGAAUGAAGGCGCCUAGUGUGCAUGGGAAAGAUACUUUCAGAAGAUUGCGUAUUUUGUGAAAAAGUAGUCAAGGAUGGACCACUUCUCCACGAGGUGUUAGCCACAGAUGCCCCUGAAGUCUCUCAAAGAGUAUAGGCUAUUGCCAAUGCUUAUGAGGUGUCCCCAGAAACAGAUAAAAGGCUUCCUGAAGACAGCACAUGCUUUGGUUGCUGACUGGAGAAAACAAACUGAGACUGAGCUGGAAACUUCCUCCUCGCUGGCCAGCAUUCAUAGGACCUGUAGGUUCAGGCUACUGUGCAGCGCUGCAUCUAGACCUGGCAUGUUACUAAAAUGUCAAGCAAGAUGUGCCACUAGGGCUGGGGAGAUGGCUCAGCUGUUGAGGGUGCUUGCUGACCAGGCUGGCAACUAGAUCUUGAACCUACAUGAUGGAAGAGAACCAAAUCCUGCAAGUUGUCUUCUGCUCUCCCUACUCAUGCUGUGGCAUGCACCUAAUCUCCAGUGUGUAGGUAAAUGUAAUAAGAUCUAGUACUAUAGUAGCUUGACUAAAUGAUAGUGACCAGCUGCUUCCUGGUUGGAUCUAAGGCUUACUCUGCAGGGCUCAGUUCACACGUGUAAGAGCCAUUCACAACCCAGGACUAGACAGGCCCUAGUGUUUUGCUACAUGGAUAUAUUUUUGUGAGAUGGCUCUCAAGUUCAGAGUUUAUGCCUAUAGAUUAUUGUUUCAGUCAUUUUUGGACAGAGAAUCUUCUUUUUGCUGUAGGCAGUAGUUACUUAUGAAAUUUAUCACUCCCUCAUAUGCUUGGCACAUUCUAGAAAGGGGAGUGGCAUGCACCGGAGGAAGGAAUAGCAUGUUUUGGAAUGCCAUUGCCAAUCUUUUUGAAAUCUCAGUCCUUUAGUGUCAGUGUGGAGGUGUGGGCAUGGAGCCCUGCUCCCUUCCCUGAUGAUUUACUGGCAGUUAAUAUUCACUACAAGGAGUGAACAUGAGACCUCUGCCUCUUCCUGAAUAUCUUUUUGUUUCGUUUUUUUGAGACGAAAUCUUACUACAUAGUGCUCACUAACCAAGCUGGACUCACAGAGUUCCACCUGCCUCUGCCUCCUGAGUGCUGAGAUUAAAGGCGUGCACCACCGUGCCCAGGCUAUAUCCCUGAAUAUCUUUAGGCAGUUAAUGGUACUUAGACAGGAUGGUCUCACAGGGCCUCUUCAUCCUCUGCAUAUAAAAGCAGGUGAUUGUUGCUGGUAGAGGGAGAAAUAUUUUCUUCAGUGGAUUACCUAACCACAAGUUUCCAUGUUCUUGUAAGUAACCCUAAUUAAAGUAAUUGCUUCCUU